UUGUUUCUGCAUUGAAACAAAGGAAAUACGCUUCCCAUUGGCGGUAUCACUUCAACUUCAGUUUUUAAGAAAAGUUUUUGUAAAAAAAAAUUGUCAAGUAAUGCGGGGUACGACAAGAAUUUUUGUUGAACAGUCGUGAUAGUGUUUCCGAGGAGGAUGGGAAACAGCGGAUCCGCACAGAAGAGGAAAGAACGGAAUCGAGAAAGUGACGACAGCGUAGAUGAUCGAUCUGGAAGGAAUAAAAGAGUUGCGAAUGGUUCCGACCUGCGAAACGGUAGAAAAGAAAUCGUAAAAUGUCGUGCGACAAAUCCUUUCAUCAUCUUCUUCCUACGGUUACGGAGUAAAAAGCCAAGGGAACCUGUAACCGUGAUUGCACGAGCAGCUGGAAAAUUAUGGACCCGAAUGAGCUCGGAACAAAGAAAGAAAUAUAUAGACUUGGCAAACGCUGAAAAGAGAAGACGAGAAGAACAGAAAAGGAAGCGAAAGUUAAGAAGAAGAAGACGAAGAUAAAACGUAUAUACGUCAAUCUUAAAAAAUGAUAAGAUAAAAAUUGUGGACGAAAUUAGAAAAGUGCGAAGUCCGUCUUGCCAUGCGUGCAUCAGGUACACGCUUUCUACACAAGUUUCUUACAAGUCUUUUAUUCGUACAAAAUAUCAUCGUGAAGCCUUUAUUUUUGAUUCAUUUUUAUUUGUUAGUAGUUUUUUUUAACUCUAUGUACAAUAAAUAUUGAUGUAUUUUUACACUA